AUGGUAUAUGACGGUGACAGCAGGGAGAACACACGAAAGGAACAUGGGGGCCAGGAGGAAGAGCUGGUUAUCCCUGCAGCAGCAGGUUGGGCUUCCCUGCUGCUGCAGGACUGCCUGGUCUACUUAUUUUCACUCCAGAGCGAAGAGGACCAUCUCCUGGCUCUCGGGGUGGAUUGCCUCUCUGGGGGUGCUGGUGCCUGGGAGUAUAAAGUAUGUAUGGGGGAGUACAUCAGAUUAGCCGGGUCUGGAUUGACUCAGUGCUCUGGCAGAGUAGAAAUCUAUCACAAUAACAUCUGGGGAACAAUCUGUGAUGAUGGCUGGGACUUAAAUGCUGCUGAGGUGGUUUGCAGACAGUUAAACUGUGGACCGGUACUGGAAGCUCAUCAGAACGCUUACUUUGGUGAAGGAACUGGAGAAAUAUGGCUUGAUGAAGUGACCUGUUCAGGCAGUGAAGACUUUCUGACUGACUGUCCCAACAGUGGAUUUGGCAACCACGACUGUGACCAUUCUGAGGACGCUAGUGUCAUCUGUUCAGAUGCCCUCUCCGAAGGUGUGACACCCAGUGAGAAAGUAGGAAGUUGGAGGAAGUUCUUGGUGAAAGUGAAUCUGGCUGCUGUCGACUCCUCCGUGGACAUGAAAGACCCAGCUGUGAUGGAGUCUGUCAUGAAUUCGAUCAAAAAUGAGUUGAGAGGUACGGCUGACGACCUAAAAGUGAGCUGGUGGAAACGUCCAGAAAAGAAAGAUAUCAAAAAACAAGAGGCGUGUACUCCAUAGUUUACACUGUUUGUUUCAAUAGCUGGAUAAAGGCGGCUUACAGCCUGUAAAACUGAUGUGAUUCAUUUAAUCUUUACUUUUCACAUGAUAUCUGUGUGACUGCUUGCUUUCUGUUGUGGUUCAUAAUCUCUCUCGUUUGAUGACUUAUUUCUCUGAUGAUUUUCCAAAGAAGACGAGCUCUGUUGGUGCCUUCAGAGAAAUAUUACAGUCAAAUAUGAAAUUUAACAUUUGCUUUGAAUUGAGGUCAAGUGAAGAGAUUUUCAAGGUAAGGAAGUUAUAUUUCCCUGUGGUUUGCAUCAUGAAAAACAAUAUGGAAAUAUGUCUUCCUUGCCCAUAAUGAAUUGUUCUUUGUCUCUCACAAAGUUAAAUUCAAACCAAUUUAUCUGAGAUGUUUUGAAGUGACUGAUAAAUUUCAUCCGUGUGUUUUACCAGGACGCAUUUCACAUCAAACCUGCAUAUUAACUGAAGCUUCAAAUAUUUUUGUCUAUGUUAGUGAAAAAAGCAUUUCUUUUUAAUUCUUGGUUUUAUUGCAUAAUGAAUUUACAUUGCAUGAUCGCUUGAGUUAACCUACUCUUCCCUUUUCCGUGGUUUUAUUUCAUGAGUGUUCUGAGAUGUGCAUUACUGCGCAAAAGUCUUUGGCCAUCCCUUCUUUUUUAUAUUUUGUGUGAGAAAUGGAAGAUAGAAUCAUUUAAUUAAAACGUGCAAAACUCUAUAUAUAGAUGCAUUUUUGCUUGAAUAAUUAAUACCAGUGUUAUGUGGCUUAUCAAAUAAAAAACAAAAAUCAAAAGCAUUCCACUGGAAAUGGUCUGGUUGAAGGGCUGGAUUGAAAAUAAAUGAAAAAGCAGCCAAUUUCCAGAGAAUAACUCAGAAAGCCUUGAAAACUGUUGCUCAAGAGCACUUUAAAAAUUAGAAGAAAGUCUGUUUCCUUGGAAGUAAUAUAGAGAAAUGAGGGGUGACUACACUUUUUUCACAGCACUGUAAUUAUGUUUUGUUUAGUUGGUUGAAUUUAUAUGUGUCUUGAAUGCUGUAGCCAUGUUACUAACACUAUUAUAAAUCAUCAAUAAUGUAUCAUUAUUAUGUGUGAGAAUAAAAGGUUCUUGAUUCAAAAAUACUCGGUGAGCCUUUUGUGU